GUCAGAUUUUAUGCUUGAUAUACUUGAUAAAUGAAAAUGUCUGGAAAAUUGCGAAUAAAUCGAUGAAUAUUGUUGAAAUAUAUAUUGUUUAAAUUUUAAUUAGCAUUAUUUAUUAUCAAUAUUAUAAAAAAAUAUAUAUUAUAAAAAAAAAACAUCUAUAUAAAUACCUAAAUCAUAUUGAAAACUGAUAAUGAUAGUAUCUUGUGUCAUCUUCAAUAGUGUUUCAUUGAAUUGAUCGUUUACACUUCAUGAUCAAAGGUCGAAUUCUUUCUCGAGUGAGACACCUCAGAAGACCCCGACCUUCGUAAUAAAUCUUAUAUAACCAAAAAUCAUAUAUAUAUAUAUAUAUAUAUAUAUAUAUAUAUAUAUAUAUAUAUAUAUAUAUAUAUAUAUAUAUAUAUCUGUACCUAGAAGAUAAACAGAGCCACGUCUAUUUUUUCAUUAAAUAAUUUACUAACGAAGAACCAAAUUGUUAUAGCUCAAAGCUAUGGAAAAUUGACUCCCUCAACAAAUACAAAAAUGUACCAUGGUGUCUUUUACCUCUGGAGUACAGAUUUAGUAGAAUUAUGGAACAUUGGCUCUCAAGAACAAAAACAAAAAUGACCAGUAUUGUUUAUCUCCGGAUGAAGGAUGGCGUUAUAAUUUCGCCGGGGCAAGUUGCCGUCUUUGGAGCGGCUAGAAAGCAGACCUUAUUUUAGAAUGGAGGUUGUUGAACCUUGAAGUAGUUCCUCCACUUCUUGCACUGCUCGU